AUGGAAUGUGAAAUCAAGACUGAAAUGUACACGUCACCAACCAUGAAAGAAGAAAAGAAUUCACCAAUGGAAAUUACAGAUGAAGAAGAAUUUGAUUUAAGUGAAUAUUGUCACUAUGUCUCUUCUCCUACAAGAGACAUUCAAAGGAUCCAGUCUAACAAGAGAAGGAAAACUGAGGAAAAAAGAAACAAAGACAGAAAGACAGAUCGCUCACACCUAACCGUACAUAUGAUGAAGCAUACUGGAGAAAAGCCACUUCAGUGUUCUCAGUGUGGAAAGACCAUUUAUUACAUAUAUAGCCUCAAGGAACCCCAGAAGAUCCAUACUGGAGAAAGGCCUUAUCAUUGUUCUCAGUGUGGGAAAACGUUUAGAUUUAUGGGUAAUCUUAAAACACACCAGAGGAUCCAUACUGGAGAAAAGCCACAUCAGUGUUCUCAGUGUGGAAAAACCUUUAUCCAUAUGUCUUACCUCAAGAAACACCAGAAGAUCCAUACUGGAGAAAAGCCACAUCAGUGUUCUCAGUGUGGAAAGGACUUUAGCUAUAUGUCUUAUCUCAAGAGACACCAGAGGAUCCACACUGGGGAAAAGUCACAUCAGUGUUCUCAGUGUGGAAAAACCUUUAUCAAAAUGUCUGACCUCAAGAGACACCAGAGGAUCCAUACCGGGGAAAAGCCUUAUCAUUGUUCUCAGUGUGGAAAGGCGUUUUGUCUCAUGUCUGUCCUCAAGAGACACCAGAGGAUCCAUACUGGAGAAAAGCCACAUCAGUGUUCUCAGUGUGGAAAAACCUUUAGCCAAAUGUUUGUCCUCAAGAGACACCAGAAGAUCCAUACUGGAGAAAAGCCUUAUCAUUGUUCUAAGUGUGGAAAAACCUUUAGCUUAUUGACUCAUCUUAAUGCUCACCAGAAGAUCCAUACUGGAGAAAAGCCUUAUCAGUGUUCUCAGUGUGGAAAGGCCUUUAACCAAAUGUCGCAUCUCAAGAGACACCAGACGAUCCAUACUGGGGCAAAGCCACAUCAGUGUUCUCAGUGUGGAAAGGCCUUUAUCCAUAUGUCUUACCUCAAGAAACACCAGAAGAGCCAUACCGGGGAAAGGCCUUAUCAUUGUUCUCAGUGUGGGAAAACGUUUAGACUUAUGGGUAAUCUUAAAACACACCAGAAAAUCCAUACUGGGGCAAAGCCACAUCAGUGUUCUCAGUGUGGAAAGGGCUUUAGCCAUAUGUCUAAUCUCAAGAUACAUCAGAGGAACCAUACCGGAGAAAGGCCUUAUCAUUGUUCUCAGUGUGGAAAGGGCUUUAACCAUAUGUGUCAUCUCAAGAGACACAAGAAGAUUCAUUCAAAAGAUACUGAGGAAAAGCCAGUUCAGUGUUCUCAGUGUGGACAGACCUUUAAUCACAUAUCUAGCCUCAAGAAACACCAGAGGAUCCACACUGGGGAAAGGCCUUAUCAAUGUUCUCAGUGUGGACAGACCUUUAAUCACAUAUCUAGCCUCAAGAAACACCAGAGGAUCCACACUGGGGAAAGGCCUUAUCAAUGUUCUCAGUGUGGAAAAACCUUUAGCCAUAUGGGUAAUCUUAAAACACACCAGAGGAUCCAUACUGGGGAAAAGCCACAUCAGUGUGCUCAGUGUGGAAAAACCUUUAUUCGAAUGUCUCAUCUCAAGGAACACCAGAAUAUCCAUACGGGGGCAAAACAACAUCAGUGUUUUCAGUGUGGAAACCCUUUAGCCGAAUGUGUCAUCUCAAGAGAAACCAGAGGAUCCAUUAAAAUGAUGGCUGCCCUACUAAUUAAUGGUGGAGAUGAGUUUAAAAAAAAAACAUGUGAUUUACAUGAUGAAGUAUUAUUUCUUCAUAUUUGAAACAGGUUUUAGGGUACAGAUUGAAACACGAAUUGAAUAAAAAUAAAAAAGUGAGUUUUUUUCAAGUAUGU